UCCGUGGAGGUCUUCAAGCCGAAGCAGCGGUAGUGGAGUGUGGACGAUUUUGCGACGUUAAUUUUAGUCUUAGUCUCCAGUAAUGCCGUAUGCUAACCAGCCGACUGUGAAGAUCACAGAACUGACAGACGAAAAUGUCAAGUUCGUCAUUGAAAACACUGAUUUGGCGGUUGCAAACUCUAUCCGCCGUGUCUUCAUGUCAGAAGUUGCCACUAUAGCGAUUGACUGGAUCCAGAUUGAUGCCAAUUCAUCGGUGCUGCAUGAUGAGUUUGUUGCUCACAGAGUUGGUCUCAUACCACUCACAAGUGAUGACAUCGUGGACAAAAUGCAGUAUUCUAGGGACUGUACCUGUGAUGAUUUUUGUUCAGAGUGUUCUGUUGAGUUGACGCUGGACGUUCGAUGUACUGAAGACCAGACGCGUCAUGUCACCUCGCGUGACCUUUUGUCCAACAACCCUAGAGUCAUCCCGGUGACGUCCAGGAGUCGAGACAAUGAUCCCAAUGACUAUGUUGAACAAGAUGAUAUUUUACUGGUGAAGCUUCGUAAAGGUCAAGAACUGCGGCUCAGGGCAUAUGCCAAGAAAGGCUUCGGAAAGGAGCACGCCAAGUGGAACCCAACAGCAGGCGUCUCCUUCGAGUAUGACCCAGACAAUGCACUGAGGCACACAGUCUACCCGCGACCUGAGGAGUGGCCAAAGAGUGAAUACUCGGAGAUAGAGGAGGAUGAGGUUCAGGCGCCCUAUGACCCCAAUGGAAAGCCAGAAAGGUUUUAUUACAACGUGGAGUCAUGCGGCUCUCUGCGACCAGAGACCAUUGUCAUGUCAGCGCUGGCUGUCCUCAAGAAGAAGCUCAGUGACCUGCAGACUCAGCUGAGCCACGAGAUCCAGAGCGAUGUGCUCACCAUCAACUGAGGGCCUCUCCCUCACAGAGCAGGACCUGCAUUUACACUGUAAUGACCAGAGGGCUGAUUUAGGAUCAAUGAUCUGGUCACAUGGAACACGUCCAAAUAUCAUUCAAGGAAUUAACACUCAUUAUUAUUUGGUGAAAGUUGCACAUGGACAUGUAUUCUUGAAAUUAUUUCAGCACCAGCAGUGAUUGUAGUCUGUGUGCUAAAGCAUGGUCUGUGUCUGAAAGGGAGUUUGAGUCAGAAUUGAUACAAAUUUAGUUUUGUGUGGAGUGUAACACUUACACUGUUAUAUUAUUAUUGUGAUAAAUGUUACUUUUUAAAUAAAUCUGAGGAAUUUGGUAAUCUUC